AGGAGUGUCAAUAAUAAUUUAUAAACAAAACAUUUUUACAAAUUUUAUGCAAUAUUUAAACAAUAAUAACAAUUAUUAUUAUGCAAACUAUCAAAAUAGUAUAAAUGUAUUUCAAAUCAAAUUCGUGACAAUGUUGAAUGGUUCACCAUGCGAACUUUACGAGGAAAAAUUCUCUGUUUUUCCUUCAAUUCCUUCCUGAUAGGCCUUUUAACAUUAAUGUUUUGUAUUACCGUUUUCCUAAGCUAUAAACUACUAACAAAUGAUCAAUGCCAAUAUGAAAAAAACGACAUCCUAAGAAUCAAAACAACAAAUCCCAGAGUAAAACGACUCCUAACAAAUCACAAAUUAGCCGUGCUAGUUCCUUUUAGAAAUCGCUUUGAAGAAUUAUUACAAUUUGCCCCGUAUAUACAUCAAUUUCUCACAGAACAAGGCAUAAAUCAUAAGAUUUUUGUCUUAAAUCAAGUGGAUGCUUUUAGAUUUAAUAGGGCUUCAUUAAUAAACGUAGGGUAUUUGUAUACCAAAGAAGAAUUCGAUUAUAUUGCCAUGCACGAUGUAGAUUUAUUGCCAAUAAAUAAAAAUUUGAAAUAUUAUUAUCCUGAACAACCUUUUCACGUUGCCGCUCCAGAAUUACACCCACGAUAUCAUUAUAAAAAGUUUAUUGGAGGCAUAUUGUUGAUUAAUAGAGAACAUUUUGCUUUAGUAGAUGGUCUUUCAAAUAGAUAUUGGGGCUGGGGCUUGGAGGAUGACGAGUUUUAUGUGAGAUUGAAAGAUGCUCAAUUGAAUAUUACUAGACCGGAAAAUAUUCAAACUAAUAUGACUAAUACAUUCAGGCACAUUCAUGACAAAACAAGAAAACGCGACACAAUCAAGUGUCACAACCAAAGAGAAGUGACUAGAAAAAGAGACCGUCAAACCGGUCUCCAUGAUGUCAGCUACAAAAUAACGUCUCACAAUGAAUUGGUAGUGAACGGAGCUCCUGUGACUGUAUUGAAUAUACAAUUAUUCUGUGAUCGAAACAGUACACCUUGGUGUGACUGUGAUGUUAAUAAUUAAAUUUAUAUUCGAUUUUGCCAUUAACUUCUAGUCCAAUUCAUUAUUUGGUUUAAAUUUUUGGCAGUUUAUGUGUUAUAUAGAACAAAAAUAGGUUAAUUGAAGACUUAUAAACUAGAAAAAUUUAAAGGAAAUUUGCUUACAAAUGAGAUCAGGCAGGCACUAUCUUUAUUGAAAAAUAUGUUACUUAUUUGUGAAACCAACUGCACUCAGUUUCUUCAAUAUGAUAUUUUUUACAAAUUAUAAAUAAUAUAAGUAGUUUGUAUCUUUACUUAAGUACUUAUAAAAUGUUAUAUUUUCGUUUCUUUUCCAAAGGAACUCUUCAAGGAAGUAACAUAUACCAAAAAAGAUGUAUUGGUUAUUGGAAGGAUAGAAGUUUGUCUGGAUGUCCGAUUAAAUUUACUUUCCCAUUAAUUUAAAAUCUCAUUAAAGACUACCUGAUCUCUCAAUACUAACUCACAUAUAAAAUGUGUCCAAUCAAAUGGAAGUUAUACAGGAUCUUAUCCAAAAGUAUCGCAUCUUGAAGAUGACUACCUCAAAAAAUGAAAAAAAAAUAGCAAUAGAUGGUUCGUACUGCACUGAAUAUAUUAAAAAUAUAUAGAAAAUAAUAAUUUUGCUGUGAUUGUAGCUCAUAAAAUGUCUCAAUUAGGCAUUUUCUGAGGUUUUAUAGAGCAUUUAAUUUUCUUUUACGAAAGUUCAUCCUUUUCAACUUUUACCUGUAGAAUGCGAUACAUACUUUUAAUAUUCCUAUAGACUAAUUGAUUACUAGAACUUCUUUGAUAUGACAUUAGACUUUUAUUAUUCAACUAUGUUUAAAAUUAAAAUGUGCCAAAACUGUAACAUUUAACGUCACAUUAUCAGCAAUAAAUUAUUCACUUUG